AUGGCCCAGGAACGUCUGCGCGUCCUCAUCGUCGGCAACGGCGGACGGGAACAUGCUCUAGCCUGGAAACUGAGCCAGUCCCCUCGGGUCGACAUCGUCUAUGUCGCCCCAGGAAAUGGUGGUACUGCUGCCGGGGCUCACAGCAAGAUUGAAAAUGCCAAUGUGAAGGGAAAUGAUUACCCGGGACUGGUAGCUUUUGCCCAGAAGAACCAAGUCAACCUCGUGGUUCCGGGUCCGGAAGCUCCUUUGGUUGAUGGAAUUCAGGGAUAUUUCCAGGCCGUUGGCAUCAGGUGCUUCGGUCCGUCAAAAGCCGCGGCGCGCAUGGAGGGCUCCAAGGCCUUCUCGAAGGAUUUCAUGAAACGCCAGAAUAUUCCCACCGCUGCGUACGAGAACUUCACAGAGUACGAAAAAGCUCGCGAAUACUUGGACAGUGUAUCCCACAAUGUUGUCAUCAAAGCCGACGGACUGGCUGGUGGAAAGGGAGUCAUCAUCCCGACAUCCAAGGAGGAAGCUCACCAGGCGCUCCGCGAAAUGAUGCUCGACCGCCAUUUCGGUGAUGCGGGAAAUGAAGUAGUCAUUGAAGAAUACCUUGAAGGUGAUGAGCUUAGCGUCCUGACUUUCAGUGACGGCUACAGUAUCAAGUCCCUUCCCGCUGCCCAGGACCACAAGCGCAUCUUCGACGGAGACCAGGGGCCCAACACGGGAGGUAUGGGCUGCUACGCUCCUACUCCCAUCUCAUCUAAACAGGUCCUUGAAGACAUUGACCGUACAAUUGUGCAGCCAUCGAUCGAUGGGAUGAGAAGAGAGGGAUUCCCCUUUGUUGGCAUUCUUUUCACCGGCCUCAUGAUGACCAAGAACGGCCCUAAAGUUCUCGAAUACAACGUCCGUGGCGGAGACCCAGAAACGCAGACUCUCCUUCCUCUCUUGAGCGACGACACCGAUCUGGCUGAGAUCAUGGUGGCCUGCACAGAACAUUGGCUCGACGGCGUUUCCAUCAAAAUCAAGCCCAAUUUCUCUACCACCGUGAUCGCCGUCGCGGGCGGCUACCCUGGUUCGUACGCCAAGGGCAAGAAGAUCACUUUGGACCCAGCCCCAGAGGGUACUUUGAUCUUCCACGCUGGAACCAACUUUGCUGGAGACGAGCUACAAACUGCCGGUGGUCGUGUGAUCGCAGCUACCGCUACCGCAUCUAGCCUCGAAGAGGCACUGCGCAAGAGCUAUGCCGGUAUCGAAACGAUUCACUUCGAAGACGUCUUCUACCGCAAAGACAUUGCCCACCGUGCCUUCCGCCAGCGUGAGGCCCAGCAGUCCCUGACUUACGCCUCAGCCGGAGUCUCCAUCGACGCCGGUAAUGAUCUCGUCCACAAAAUCAAGAGCAGCGUCGCAAAAACCAAGCGUGCCGGAACCGACGCCGUCAUUGGCGGCUUCGGCGGCCUCUUCUCUCUUGCCGCAGCCAACUCCGCCUACCACCCGGAGUCCCCUACCCUUAUCGGAGCCAUUGACGGUGUCGGAACCAAGCUCAAAAUUGCCCAUGCCGCCGGCGUCCACAACACCGUCGGUAUUGACCUUGUCGCCAUGAACGUCAAUGACCUCGUUGUCCAGGGCGCUGAGCCUCUCUUCUUCCUCGACUGCUACUCCUGCGGCAAGCUCGACGUUGAGACCGCUGCGGCUUUCGUUACCGGUGUUGCAGACGGUUGCAUUCAAGCCGGAUGCGCCCUCAUUGGUGGUGAAACUGCUGAGAUGCCCGGCCUCUUCAUCGACGACACCUACGACGCCGUCGGUGCCGCCGUCGGUGCAAUUAACACUUCCGGCCCCAACGCCCGCACUAUCCUCCCCGACACAUCAGCCAUGAAGGACGGCGAUAUUCUCCUCGCCCUGGCUUCUUCAGGUCCCCACUCGAACGGCUACUCCCUUGUCCGCAAGAUCGUCGAGCGCUCAGGUCUGAGCUACAGCGAUUCCGCCCCCUUCACCAUGCCCUCUUCUUCCCCCUCUACCGCAUCGAACGAGCCCCUCACCCUCGGCCGCGCCCUCCUCACACCGACCCGCAUCUACGUCAAGCCCCUUCUCAAAGCUCUCUCCUCCACUCAAACCAACAUCAAGGGUCUCGCCCACAUCACCGGCGGCGGUCUCGUCGACAACGUUCCCCGCAUGCUACCCCCCACCCUCACGGCACACAUUGAUGCCAAGACAUGGACACUCCCGCCUGUCUUCUCAUGGCUCAAGAAGAAUGGCAACGUCUCCGCCCACGAGAUGACCCGUGCUUUCAACUGCGGUAUUGGCAUGGUCAUUGUUGUCGAAAAGGGCUCCGAGAAAGCCGUUAAGGAGAUUCUUGAGAAGGAAGGCGAGACUGUUUAUCAGGUCGGUGAGCUCAAGGUCAAGGCUGAGGGGGAGGAGGAGUGUGUUAUUUCCGGUCUCGAGAGUUGGGAUGCUUAG